CCCUUUCCAGAUUUCCACGAAGACGGUAGGUAACACGAGAGUUGUUAGUAAACAGAGGCAAGUAAAAGACAGGUAAGAUUUGAAGCUAUACUUUAUUUGGUUCAUUUUCACUGCCAAUAUAGCUUUUAGUUAGAGAGAUGCAGAUCAGUCUCUGUGGGUAUGCUUCGCCUAUUGUCACGCAAAUCAGUGUAACACGAGCGGCGUGUCUGUUUGUCCAUGUUCCGAGUGAAGAGUUUCAGAUUCGUUCUUUUCAUCAUUUUCUGAGUCAUUUUGUAGGUUUAAGGCUGCAGAAGUGUAGUUGAGAUAGAAAAGAAAGAGUAGAUGUAAAGGGGUAUUUUAGUUCUGUAAUGUUUCAGCCUUAACGAGCUGUUCAUUUUCAAGCAUAUAAAGUUUUGCAUAAUCCGGCUUCUAUGAAUAAUCAAAUUGGUAAGGAUACUGCAAUUUCGAAACUGAAGCAGCUGUACAUGUUCUUAUUAAUAUUUUUGAUAGCUCAGAUACUAAUCUUUUCAAGUACAUGAUUCAAGGGUUUAGGUUGUUUUAAUUUAAAAUUCUACAAUGUCCACCUUUGCAUAUUCACUGUUAUAUAACCCGGUCCCUGAUAAUUGCUUUUGAAUUUCAUCCAUAAUUUGUAUAUUUUUGAAAUUGCAGAUGAUUUCCUUUCUUUGCUGAUCCAAGUGUUAAUGGAAUGGAUGUUUUUUGUUUGCCAUCUUCUGGUGAUCAGUCGGCAUGUAAUAAUAACAUAAUCAUUCUCAAUCAAGGUAGUGGUGAACAAACCUUCAGCAAUCUUCCUUUGUAUAUUAAUGAUGCAGAACAACCCAUUGGUUUUGUCACUGUUCCAAGCAAUGGUGCUCUGCAAAGCAAUAUACAAUUUUCCUUGCAAAAUCUUAGUCCCGAAAACAGCAUUCUGCCGAGCAGUGGACAAGAAAAGAGCUUCGAAUCCCCGCAAAGAAGUGAAGAUGUGAAACCUCCUGUGGGACUUGUACCCGCAAGAACUGGUGACACUUUUGCAGUUAUCUCAGAAGACAGUAACAUUAAUGUUUUAAGUGGAAGUGGGACGUGCAGCGGAAGGAAUGGUGAAGAACAACUUGGGAGUUCUGGAGUAACAGUGACACAGACUGUCCAACCCAGAGGUUCUGAUGAUUUGCCUUGUGAUAAAGAUGGCUACAAAAAUGAAGGAACCUUUGAGCUUACUUGUGAUGAAAAUUGCUACAGCAAUGUUGUACAUGUACCAUCUAGCGCUUUGAACUUUAACAUGGUAAAUGGCAUUCUGCCAAGCAAUGGGCAUGAAGAAGAUUGUGAAUUUACUCCAAGGGACAGUGAAAUUGAAGAUGUGAAACCCCUGGUUUGUCUUGCACCGGAACAUUCAAAUCUUGAACCUAAUUGUGGCAAUCCACCCCAAGGGAAUGAAAAAGGCAUUCAAACUGAAUUGACAGAUGUGCAGAAUGAACGUUUUUAUGUCUCAGAAUCUGGUCCUGUUUCCAGCAAUGUACCAAGUACCAGUAGUGAAAAUAGUUCCAAUGUUACAAUCAGUUGUAAUAACAUUGAAGUGAUGGAAAUAUCAGUGUACUUUGACCCUCAGUGUUCAAGGUCUUCUGAGGUAUUCUCAAGUCAAAACAGAACAUCCGUUGUAAGGAACCCUGAAAGAGCUCUUGAGAGUCACGAAGCUACAGUGCCAGCACAGGACUCGCAAUCUGGAGAAUCUCAUGAUAUUUUAUGUUAUGGCUUGAGCAGUGCUAAUCAGCUAUCUUCUAGCCCUUUGGAGCCUGGAAUGUUAAUCAACAACAAUAUUUCCCCAAUGGGGGAUCCAAGAGUUAAUGGUUUUCAGAACCAGCCUGUUACUGACAACGUUACCAACCUUGUGUUGAAUUCACCAGCUCCAGAUUUCUAUGCCAGUUCCUCCUCCCAGCCUGCCAAUAGAAGUAGAAACAUUUGUCCUUAUUGCCAGAAAUGGUUUCGAUCAGACAAUUUGAAUCACCAUAUCCUUGUUGUACACUCGACAUUUAAACCCUUCAAAUGCCAGAUAUGUCCAAAGGAAUUUGCUGCAGAGUUUGACUUGAAUAAACAUGUUGAAAGACACACAAAGCUAACAUGUCCAUAUUGUACAGAGGUGUUUCUCAGAGGCAGAUCUUUACUGAAGCAUGCUGUUUUGCAGCACAAGGAUAAAGAUCUUUCCAGCUUACCCUUCUGGUCAUUCAAGAGAAAUGCUUUACCAUGUAUGUAUUGAGAAAAACCUUGUAUGUUUGGUAUUUUAUUGCCCUUCUUGUUUAUCAAAUUUUGCUUUCCUUUUUUUCUGGGUAUGGUAAAAUAAUUAAUCUGUAAUCUAUUUCUCUGAGUUUGAAAUAGAGAAAAAUAAAAAUUAACAAAAUAAGCUGAUCAUCAUUGUCUUUGCUGUAGUUAAUUUUUUAUCUCAGGUAAUGACUAUUUUCCGUUUGUUUCAACGUCAUUAGCAUGCAUUACCAUACCCAAAAACAAAAGAAAAGCAAAAAUUGCCUGAGAUAAAUGAACUACAGUGGAACCCUGACAGGAAGAGCUAAUACGUUAGCAUAUGAUUAGGGUUACAAGAACCAGGAUUUGAGUUAUCGGGGUAACUUUCAGUGAAAUUUGGAUGCGAGUUAGUGGGGAAUUUGAAUUUUUCGAGCUUGAGCUAACCAAGGAAAAAUGACUGAAAGGUGGGAUGAGAUCCAAGGGAAAUUGGACUUAGUUCGAGUUAGUGGGAAGUUCAACUUAUCAAAGUUUGAGUCAUUGAGGUUCCACUUUACAAACUUUUAACACAGUGGAACCUCGAUUUAAUGAAGUGCCAAGGGACAGGAGAAAAUUUGUUCAUUUUAUCAAGGGUUCAUUAUAUAGAUCCCCAACAUUUAAAAAAUUUUCAGGACAACUAUCAAAAUAUUUGUUAUAUCGAGGUAAAGUUAAUAAUUAAUUUACAAAACCCAGCAUUUCCAGAUCUGAAAAAUUACUGUUACAACAUUUCAGUACCGAGCCAAUACAUAGCUACAACACUAGAAACUCAAGAACAGGCAAACAAUACUGCUUAAAACUACCGUACACAUGAAUUUUAUCCUUGUUGGUCUGAUUGGCAUUCAUCUUUUAUCACAUGCUGGCAUUUAUUUGUUAUAUCGAGGUAAAGUUUAUGUUUGUACUUGUGGAUUGUGUUCAUUAAACAAGGAUGCCAUUAAAUUGAUAUUCUGUUCCAUACAUUUUACUGUAAUUUUGGCGGGGCUGAAGAAAAUUGUUUGUUGCACUGAGGAUUUCGUUAUUUAGAAGUUCGUUAAAUUGAGGUUCAUUUUAAUUAUUUUUGUGCAUCUACAGGUUCAAGCCCAGGUCAUUUUAGCUGCAGCUCCUGUUUGGUUGAAUUUGACUCACUAAGGGCCUGUCUUGACCAUUGUGUUCGUAGCCACUUCUUCAAAGAAUGCUGGGUUUGUCAGAGGUUAUUUGAAAAAGAAACACAACUCAAGAGACAUAUAAAAACUCACACAGGUGAAAGAACAUUUCCCUGUGACCACUGUGACAGGUCUUUUUUUACUGAUGCAGAGAGAAGGAUGCACUUGAAACGUCUAACUUUGGAGAAAUCUGUCAAGUGCAGUGUUUGUGACAAAGGUUUUAAAACACAAGCACAGAGAGAUAGACAUGUUUUAACCCAUAGCAAUGACAAACCAUACCAGUGCACAAGUUGCACAAAGACUUUUAAAAGCCAGAAGGCAUAUGGCGUUCAUGUUCGAUUACACACUGGAGAAAUGCCAUUUGAAUGUCAAUAUUGUGAGGAAGGCUUCAGAAGUUGGCGUCGUCGGCAAAGUCACCAAAUGAAGGAUCAUCCUGAUCUGGUUCCCAGGAAAGAGUACAAUUGCAGCUACUGCUUGAAGUCAUACUCGAACUCUUCCUCAUUUGCAUCACAUGUAAAGAGGCACACUGGCCAAGUUCUUCGAUGUACGUCAUGUACUUUUGUCACCGUUUCAAAAGAGAACCUUGAUAUCCACAUGAAUAGCCAUACAGGAGCAAAGCCUUACAAGUGUCGUUAUUGCCCCACAGCUUAUGGGCAACCUAAUCGCCUUACUAUUCAUGAACGGUCUCACACUGGUGAAAAGCCGUACGCAUGUGAUCAGUGUGAUAAGGCGUUUGUAGAUAAAUACAGCCUAGUCAGACAUGUUCGUAUACACACUGGAGAAAAGCCUUACAAGUGUAGCUACUGUGACAAAGCAUUUGCUCAAGGAUGCCAGCUGCAAUUUCAUGAAAGAACUCACACUGGAGAAAAACCGUAUGAAUGCUCCCAAUGUGAGAAAAAGUUUACUCGUCGGCAGGAACUCAAUAAACACAUUGAAACUCAUAGAAAAAGGCAAGAAGACGAUCAAAGCGAGAAGAAGGCCGCUGAAAAACAUUAUGAAUGCACCUCCUGUAAAAAGAAAUUUUCUUGUCAACAGGAGUUAAGCAAACACGUGGAAACCCACAGAAAAAGACAACAGUUGGUGAAAAGGAAAAGGAAGCGAAAGAUAGCAGAGAGUGAUUCUGGUUCAGAGUUCAGUGAUGUGGAAGUAGAAGAUUUGGGACAGAAUAAGGAAGAGAGACUUGCAAGUUUAAGAAGUUCGAAGAUAAAAACCAGACGUAAAUGAUUGUAAGUUUAUAGGCCAACAAGAUAAUAUUCAAUGAAACAUGCUAUGCCAGCAAAUGGCUACCAUGGAACUCAAAAACCCGGAACGAGCAACUCCCAUGAUGGGCUUAUAUCAUGACGUUUUCGUAGACCGGUUUAUUUUUAGAUACAUUUUUGAGCACCUUUUUCCCCAGGAAAAUGGAAUCUCUAGAAUCUCUACUCCAUUUAAGAGCUCAUUUGCUCAUUUAAACAAAAUUAUUAAUACAAUGAAAAGAGAACUAGCUAGUAAUGUCUGGUCAUUACAAGAAAAUAAUGCCCACUUAGCAACCAAUCAGAGUGCACAUACUUAAUUGUAGCCAUAUAAUAAAAAUGGAUAUUGCAUCUUUAUAGACUGUUUAAUUUACAGUAUGUGCCCAAAAAAGCCAAGAGACAAUUCAGUGGGCCUCACAGAAUUACAAGGAUCUAUUUUUAAGGGAUAUAGAAUGGUUCCUUGGAAAAUGUAGGUCCCAGAAAUUUUCAGCCAGAUCUCGAAAUCUCAGAAGCAUUUGUAAUAGGUCUGGAAGUCUUAUUUUCGGAUACCUUUGCAUCUUGGAGUAUCGAGUUUUUUUAAGUCUGGGUCUCAAAUUUUGAAACCAGAGCCUUGUAGUCUCGCAAAGUCUUAAAUUUGCCAUUCUAUACCCCUUUUUUAUAAUGCUGUAAUACCAUGUCUGCUGUAGUAGUUAUAAUCAUUUUGUUAAUUAUUUAUUACAGUAAUAUUAACUUAUCUGAAUUUUUACCGUAUGUUUUUGAAUUUGAAUUUUUUUAUUCAUCCAUUGGGUAUUUCAUAU